AUGUCGAACUCCGGAAAGAGCUGCUGCGGCGAUGGGAAUGAACUCCCAGGCGAUCCACGGACAAUGAAAAGUCGAGUCCUCGAGAGUGGAGCUUCGAUGAUCCAGGACUUCACGCCAGUAAAACAAAUCUGCGCCCAUCUCAAUGCAUUCCACUUCUACGCCAAUGAUCCAACGCGAUGCGUCGAGGCUAAUCACUAUUGCACUCAUUUAACAGAGGAUAUGCGCCAAUGUCUGAUCUACGACUCGUCAAAGGCAAACGCCCGCCUCAUUGGCGUGGAAUACAUGGUCUCCCCGCGCAUUUUCGCAACGCUUCCCACCGAAGAGCGUAAGCUCUGGCACACGCACGAGUUCGAGGUCAAGAGUGGUAUGCUGAUCAUGCCAACACCGGCUGGUGUGCCCGAUGCUUUAUGGGAAGCUGCGGAGACGGCAGAGAUGCGGGAUGUCGUGCCUAUCUAUGGCAAGACGUAUCAUUUCUGGCAGGUUGAUCGUGGAGACCCUGUGCCUCUAGGUCCGCCGCAGUUGAUGGGCAGCUUUGUAUCCAAUGAGAGCGUGAAGUUGGCACAUCCUGCGGGGUUAGAUUCGUUGCUCGAGGAUCGGAACAAGAGGUAUGGGGUGGAUCAUCGGCAGAAGGCGAAGAAGAGGGAGGGUAUUGAGGCGAUUGUGAAGCAUCCUGGUAGAUGCUGA